AUGCAACCCCAGAGCGAAAACACCCAAUACAACGUCACCAGCGGCUCCCAGCACAGAAUACGUCCCUUGGGAAGAGGGACCCUGCCCGACAUGAGCGACGUGCAGAAUGACCCCGCCAGCGAGUACCUUGAGCCCCCAGCCCACUAUGCCAGGCCUGGCUGGGACGGCACGACGGCUGGUGAUCCUUUUUAUCGGAGUAUGAAUGUGUUGGGAGGUGGAGAUGAGGGGGAUGAUGUCGAUGCGGAGGCGGAGGACGAUGAUGAGUUCGGUGUUGAGCCGGAGUCGUAUGAGCAUGGCAUUGGGGAGGAGGAGGAUGAGGUUGAUUCCAUGUAA